AACUUACAUUAUUGUUUGGAUUACUAUUCGAUUUAUUUAUUCUCUGACACUUGAUAUGGCAAACAAUAUGGCUUAUCAUUGUUAAAAUUUUACCGAGCGGACUUUCUGUUAAAAGAUUUCAAAUCUCUUAGGGAUACGAUGAAUUAUUUCGAAAUAAUUUUAUCAUCUUGGUUUUUCGCUGUUAGUAUGCGUACCUGAUACUUAUUAUAUUUCGUGUAGGUGAAGGUGAGCGUAUAUAUGUAUGUAAACGUGAUACGUAUGUGCACAUUGAAUCAUUAUUUCUCAUAACCUUUUUAUGAAUACGAAAUAUAGCAGAUGCAAUUAGACAAUCUUUAAAAGAUGUGGGUACAUCCAUACAUCUUAUAGCCGGCAAGUGGCGAAGAUACUAGACGCAUACUAUAUUCAAUGGAGUGGACUGUAUUCUUGUGAUUUUUCGCUUGAACGUAUAUCAUAUCAUGGCCUCGUCAAAUAGAAGAAUUCAAAUCGGCUCUGCUUGGUUUCAAACAAAGAUUAACCUAAGACCACAGCGUCGAGGUAUCCAUCACGUUACCGAGGAAAUCUUAAGAAGAAUUCCUGAACUCUGCGAAUUUUCAGUCGGACUUUGUCAUAUACAAAUUCUUCACACAUCAGCAAGUUUAGCACUAAAUGAAAAUUGGGACCCAGAUGUUAGAGAUGAUGUAGAAAUGAUGCUUAAUAAAAUAGUUCCUGAAGGUUUGGCCUAUAGACACAGUUGUGAAGGACCAGAUGAUAUGCCAGCGCAUGUAAAGGCAUGUUUUCUGGGCUCUUCAUUGAGUAUUCCAAUUACUGAUGGCAAAUUGACUUUGGGUACGUGGCAAGGAAUUUGGUUAUGUGAACAUCGUAAUGAUGCUGGAAGUCGCAAAGUAGCUAUUACAUUGACGGGUUGUCUCAGGGAUCCUGCACGUAGUCCUUUGAGCCCUGUUAGUCCUAUUGCUUCUACUAGCAGCUAGGACCACUCACACCCCCAAAGGCGUAGCAAACGUCAGCUGCGCAUAUCUACAUCCAGUGAUUCAAGCUAGCAGCUGCUUAAUCUUAGACAAAUUCUAAGAGUAUAAUUCAGAAAAGAGUGUAUGGAUACUUCAAAAAUAUAUAAAUAUUACAUUUUCUUAUAUCCAUUCAUUAUCACAAAUUUCCAGCAUUUUUUAUAAUGGCGUAACUUGUAAAAUCAUAAAAUUAAUUGACAAUAUUUAUUAAUAUUCUUAUGCUUAUCUCAUAUAUCUUAUAUUUUUUUAUACAUAUAAAUAUAAUAUAUUUAUUACUUAUAUUUGAAUAAGUACAUAAACAUUUAGUAAAUGUACAUUUUAUGAUUUUAUUUAGAUUAUAUAGAGACAUUUCUCUUUAAACUGAGUUAACAGUAACUAUCCAAAAAUGUGGUUCAUUGAAUAUAUAAUGUUGUUCAGUACUUAUAAACUGCCAAGGCAAUUGUAUAUUAUAUGCAUUCAGAAAUAAAUAUAAACGAAUUACAAGUAUCCUGCACUCUUCAUCGCUCUUAGAAAAUUAAUGUAAUGCAUUCCGAUAUAAUGCGUCCAAUACUCCGAAUUUAAUUACAUAGCUUUAUUUAAAUAAUUCUUUUGUAAAAAAAAAGAUUAAUAAAGAAAAUGGCAUUAAUAAUUGCUCAGCUGAGACCUUACAUCACUUUUUAUAAUAUGUAAGAAAAUCUCAGCUUGAGUAUGUGCAAUAUGUUAUAACUUUCUAACUCACUGCUUAUCAUAGGGUAGGCAUUUUUAAUGACGUUUCCAAUGCAUUUGGGGGUGUAUAUAGGUUACAAUCAACACUUCUUUGCUGUGCUAAUAUAUUUCUGCUAGAGAUAUCCACAUAAGUUAUAUUGAUAGUAACAACAUGUGGGCAACAAGUCAGUAUGAAAGUAGACAGUUAAGAGAAUCAUCAAACUAUGCAAAUAAUGAUUUAGACUUACUACAUUGUUAGGUAUUUACUGAUAAAAAUAUUCUAGAAACUUAAUUAAUCUAAUUAAAACAUAAAAUGUCAUCUAGAAAUGUAGCACUGCAAAGAGUUGUAAUAAAAAUUACUUACAAUGUUAUUAAAAUAACCAAAGCUUAUCAUGGGAGCUUGUUAAUGUAUCUAAUGUACUGUAAAGCAAGCAGUCGAUGUUAGUUGUUAAUCUUUCUCAUAUAUAGUAUAAAUGGUCGUCCAUUAUGAUUAAUGAAUAUGCUUUAAUAUGAAGUAUCCAAUGCAAUUCAUAUAGCUUAAAUAUUAACAGCUCAAAAAUAUAAAGCUAUCAAAAAUUAUGAUAAAUUUUUGGCAAGUUAUACAUUUUUUUCUCAUAAAGAAAUAUAUGGAACGAGAUGGUAUACUUCAUCAUAUAACAUUAAAGAUUUGAAAUUCAUCUGUGAAUUCAAUUCUAAUUUUGUUAAUAUGCUCAACAAUCCAAAUUAUUAAAUAUGUAAAAUUUAUAAAUAUAAUGAAAAUGAUUAUAAUAUCUAAGUUUAUAGAAAUCAAUAUUAUAUUUGGUAACUGAUAUAGUUCAUAGCAAUUUGCUAUUAAUCAAUUCACCUACCAAGUUCAUUUCAUAAAUUAAAUGAUUGAAAAUUGUUAUAUCUGCAACAUAAUUACCAUAAACAAUAAUACACUAUAUAUAUAUUUUAUAAUAUAUUAAUAUAUAUAAAUAUAAUUAAUCUCAUCUUAACAUUUGAAGAUAAUCAUUUAAUUUUCUGAUAAACUUUUAUUUUUUCUGGCAAGAUAGUAAUCAUUGCUUAAACUAUAAUUAAAGAAGUGCAUAUAUAUUUGUUUUAAAGUGUGUAUAUUUGUUUUUAGUUGGCGCAUAUUCAAAUUUUUAAUAUUAUGUAAAACACAUGUAUAGUGAUUAUCUCAUAAUCGUUGUUAUUAUAACAAAUCUACAAAUUUGACAAAUUUAUAAAUUUUCAAAUCAUUGGUUUCAAUUCCUAAAAUAAAAAAUUUAAGCUGUAUAUUUAUCACAUGCCUAUAAAAAAAUUAAUAACUAUAUAACUGAAAUUAAACUUUUACUAAGUAAUUAUAAGCAGCAUUUAUAAAAUGUUACUUUCCAUUUAUAUGUGCAACAUAUUAAGUUAGUAUGAUUUCCCAUUUUCUAAGAAAAGUUGUUUUAUGUUGUUACGAAAGAAAAUGUUAGAAACAUUGACAUAAUAUAAUUGUGUGUACAAUUUGCAAAGUUGUGUUCUAAGAUUUGUUUGGUAUUUUCCUAUCUAUAUAAAAAAAUACUUAUAAUAAAUCUUUAAUUUACUAAUAAAUAAUUUUUGAUUAUGUCUAUAUUUUGCAGUGUAAUGUUAUAUAGUGGAUGAUUUAAUGAAAGUGUUAACAAAAAGUGUUAAUAUAAUUUUGUGUAAAUAUUUCAUACAUUUACAUUUUUUCAAACUGUUUUGUGAUUUGUUUACAAGGUAAUUAAAAAGGUUUAGUAUUUAUAAUAUUAUUAUAAUAGCAUAAUUAUCAUCAAAAUUUAAACUUAAUAUUUGGAAAAAUAAAAAAUUGUAUUUGCAUAUUUAAUUGAUAAUCAGAUGUUUUUAUGCCUUGAUUAUGAGAUAAACAACAUUUGAUAUAAUCACGGUUUUUGAAAUAUUUAAGUUAUUCGAUAUUUAUAAAAUUUUCUAGAUAUAUAAAAUAUUAGUUUUUAUUUAGCUGGAUAUAGUGGACCUAUAAUAACAAAUUAUAGAAAACUAAUACAUUAGGAUUAUACAGUAUAUAAUAAAUACUAUUAUACAUUAAAUUUAACGUUAUUAAAUGUACAUAUAAAAUUAUAUUUUUAAGUGAAGGGUAUAGUGAGAACACCAUAUAAUGAGCGAAUGUAAUGAAGUUUAAAUGCAAAUAUGAUAAUUGUAUAAUAUCCCUAAAAUGUAGUAAUAUAUAAAAUUGUUUAUAUAAAAUAAAUACAAUGACUUCUUAUGCAGCUUGAAAAAAGUUUCAUUAUAAUAUAAAAGAAAAAAAUACAAUUUUACAAAGUUGAAUUUUACUAUAUCUCAUUUUUAUACCAAGUUGUUUACUCAAAGAAUUAAAGAAAUAAAAAUACCAAUUUGUAUAACAUUAUAUUCAAAACAUAGUAAGUUUCAACAUACAUACUAUUAAUAUUUCUAAAUUGUAUUUAAUAUAAAAAGUGAAAAUUACAAUUAAAAUUGUCGUACAAAAUACAAUUAUGAAAUAGAUGAAUCAUGAUAUGAAAUCUUACUGUUGUAAAAAUAAUAUAUUAUGUUAAUUUUUCCAUUAUAUACAGUUAGAAAUAAAAAGUAACAAAGAUUAAUUCAUUAUAAUGUAUAAACCAAUCAUUAGCAAUGAAUUCAUUUCUUGUAUAUAUAUGGUCAAUUAAUACAUUUUGAUUAUAGUAAGAAGAUAACAAUAUAAUGGGAUUAGUGAUAUGCAUUAUACAAUUAUAUAUAUAUUACAUAUAGUAGUUACAAAUAAUUCUCUACUAUUUAGUAUCUUUCACAAGCAUAGUUCUAGUAUUAUUUUAAAUCUGUUUUAUGACAAUGUACAUGUCUUUUUCAUAAAAUGCUAAUUUAUAUUGUUUUUGUGAAAGGGUUAAUUUGUUUGGAUAAUAUUUAAUCACAUUUAUUUAAGGAGUGGUAUCUAAAAUAUAAUUUUAAAAAUUGUUUUCAAUGCAAAUUGUGACAAAUGAUUUAUAAAAUUAAAUAAUUAAAUAAAAGUAUGUAGAUAUGUAGAUAUCUGCGGAUGCCUAUGUGUGUGUAACAUACAAUAAAAUUAUAGCACUCUAUAAAAAAUUUAAAAUUUGGAAUAGUAAA